AUGGCCGAAGACGAUUCCAAUUACAUCGAGACUAGUCUCAAUAGGGUACCCAACUACGAAGUUGCGGACCAUGCUUUUAUCUUGGCCCAACCGCGACUCAAAAAUGAGCAUGAAGCCAGUUUGAAAUUGGUACUGGAAAAGAUUGAGGAAGAGAAAAUGGCUCCUUUUUACAAGUAUCUCUUCGAUGAAUAUCUACCUAAGGGCACAAUUCAAUGGGAUGAAAAACUGUAUCAGUCUCUGCUGGAUCGAAAUCAACAGGACAUUUCAGAGUUGAAGGAGAGAUUGCACGAAGUUGAGGAAAAAGACGAAGGAGAAUUGGAAAAAGCUCAAGCGUGGGUCAAGCUCGGAGAAUACUAUGCACAGAUUGGAGACAAAUCCAAUGCAGAGGAGACUUUGGCAAAAGCGCUAGAAAAGGCAGUUUCGACAGGCUCGAAGAUCGACAUCAUGCUCACAAUAACAAGAUUGGGAUUCUUUUAUAAUGACCAGCAGUUUGUUAAAGAAAAAUUGGAACAAGCAAACAGCAUGAUUGAGAAAGGUGGUGACUGGGAAAGAAGAAACCGCUACAAAACCUACAAGGGCGUGCAUUGUUUAGCGGUCCGUGACUUCAAAGAGGCCGCCGACCUUUUGGUGGACUCUUUGGCCACUUUCACAUCUCUAGAGUUGACUUCGUACGAGAACAUCGCGACGUAUGCCUCGGUAGCGGGUCUAUUUGCAUUGGAAAGAACAGAACUUAAGGAUAAAAUCAUUGACUCACCCGAGGUUCUUUCGCUCAUGAGCAGCACUAAGGCGUUGCAAUCAAUUUCAUCAUUGACCAUAUCGCUAUACACAUCGGAGUAUUCCAGCUUUUUCCCCUAUUUGCUGGAAACCUACGAAAACGUGUUGAUUCAAAGCAAAUAUUUGAACAAGCAUGCGGAUUUCUACGUGCGGGAAAUGAGACGCAAGGUGUACGCCCAACUACUGGAAUCAUACAAGACUCUUUCCAUCAAGACCAUGGCAAGCGCUUUCGGUGUGUCUGUAGAUUUUCUGGAUGCCGAUUUGUGCAAGUUCAUUCCUAACAAGCAGCUGAACUGCGUUAUUGACAGGGUCAAUGGUAUCGUUGAGACCAACAGACCAGACAACAAAAAUGUACAGUAUCAUAUGUUGAUCAAACAGGGCGAUGGGUUGCUCACCAAGCUACAAAAGUAUGGGACUGCCGUGAGACUCACAGGUGCCGAUCGCAUAGUGUAA